GCCCCGCGAUCAAAUGCAGGAGCUGCUAAGCUGAGCUGCCUUCCGGCCUAAUGUUUUCAAUUUUCGCUCAGUUUUCAUAGCAACCCGACGAUUUAGGAUAUUCAGCUCAACAGUUUCUCCCUUGUUUCCCCACACACAUCCACGAAGCGCACUGUUUACUAGAAGACAUGGCGUCAGAAGAUAGGGUCCCAACCGAGAAAACUACACCAGAAGAUGUAUCUCCAAACCGAGGAUGGCGUUUUUGGGCCAUAAUGACAUCCAUGGCAGUAGCAAGUCUCCUCGCGGGCCUUGAUGCCACAGCUGUCUCGACAGCCAUGCCUUCGAUCAUAGCCGACCUGGGGGCCAGUCAAGGCUACAUGUGGAUCGCCAAUUCCUAUCUACUCACAACGACAGCAUUUACCCCAAUAUUCGGUCAGACGGCCAAUAUCUUCGGGCGCCGUGCAAUGACGCUGUUAGCCAUAUCCGUUUUCGCCAUUGGAUCGGCAAUCGCAGGUCCGGCUCCUAACCUAGGCGUCCUCGUGGUCGGCCGUGCCGUCCAGGGAAUAGGCUGUGCCGGUAUAAAUGCAAUGGUGGAGAUGGUGGUCUGUGAUCUGGUACCUCUACGUGAGCGCGGCAAGUUCAUGGGCUUUAUCUUUGCCAUAUACGCUAUUUCCACCACUGUCGGGCCUCUCAUUGGCGGCGCAUUUUCUAGUUAUGUGACAUGGAGAUGGAUAUUCUACUUGAAUCUCCCGUUAGCUGGUUUGACACUUGCUAUGGUCGUAAUAUCCCUUGGGGCAUUGCCCAAAGGAUCAAGCAUGUCCACCAACUCACUAAAACGAGUCGACUUCGCCGGAAAUGCUCUACUUGUGGCCGCCAUCACCUCGAUCCUCAUUGCUUUGACUUGGGGCGGAGGUCAACAGCCUUGGUCAUCUUGGAGAACCAUACUGCCCCUAGUCCUAGGCCUAGUAGGGCUACCUUUGUUUCUCCUAUUUGAAACAAGAGUCCCCGAACCAACUACACCUUUCCGACUAUUCUCCAAUCGCACAUCGCUCGCUGGCUUAUGGUGCGCUUUCGUGCAUAAUAUGCUGGUAUUUUACAUCCUCUUCGUCCUCCCCAUCUACUUCCAGGCCGUCCUUCGAACUUCUGCAUUCAGGUCUGGUGUCAACAUACUACCCACAGCAGCCGUCUGUAUGCCUUUUACAAUACUAAGCGGCGGGAUCAUGACUAAAUUGGGCCGUUAUCGCCCGCUGCUGAUGGUGGGAUUUGCCCUUUUCCCCAUCGCCAUCGGGCUCUUCACCUUGCUCGAUCAGAACUCAACUACGGGUUACUGGGCUGGAAUCCAAAUUAUAGGCGCUGUCGCCAUUGGCGUCAUCAUACCGGUCACUUUGCCAACAAUUCUGACUCCUCUCCCGGAGUCCGAUGUCGCUGUAGCAACGGCCACAUGGGCUUUCAUGCGCGGUUUUGGAACGAUCUGGGGAGCUGCUAUACCUCUAGCCGUGUUCAACUCUAAAACCGAUGCAUUAGUCGCCGCUCGUCUACAAGGCAACGAGACUGUGAAUGCAUUGCUAACCAAUGGAGGAGCUUAUACGUUAGCCGCUGGCGGAUCAUUAUAUUCUGCGCUGGACUUGGACAGCAAUCCGGCUCUUGAGGCUAUCGUGAAGGGAAUCUACGUCGACAGCCUCAAGUUGUGUUGGCAAGUGGGCCUGGCCUUUGCACUGUUCGGCGUCCUCCUCACAUUCGUCGCCAAGGAGAUUCCUAUGCGUACCGAAUUAGAGACCGAGUUCGGACUAGUCGAGGAAUCGAAAAAGAGCGAUGGGGAUACGGAAAAGCAGUCUGCGUCAGUGUCGAUAUCGUGAUGGAUUGUUAAACACCUUGCCGAUUCUCGUGUAUUUUCAUAUUCUGUCGUGGACUCGUAUUAGUGAGGCGCAGGGAUAAGAAGU